CCGAGCUCGACCACGAUUGGUGGCCCGGCACGUGCUACACGAGGGUGCCUCGCUCCGCAAACGCAUAAAUAUCCCGACGCUGCUCCAUCCAACUUUAGAACCACCCCGUGACUCGACUCGACGUAUCGACCGACGCGCGAGAAAGUCAUCCGAGUUCAUCUUAACUAUUGAGCCUCGUACCACAUCGCGCUCAUCGAUUUCUCAUUCGACCCGAUCGCGAUCCUGAGAAGAGAGAAUCGAAACCGCGGAAGAAGAGAAGAGGCGGCGUCUCUUCGUUCUCCAUCCGCGUUUAACCAAGUGCGAAGUUUCAGUGAAAGAAUCUUUUUGAGGAAAUAAGAGCGCCGGCGAAUCCUACGCUCUCCUCCACGUGAAGUCGUCGCGCGCGCGUGCAUCGCGAACCAACGCAGAUCCUGCUAUGGAACUGCAGGAGAUGUUCCGUUACGGAUACAUGUUCCCGCCGCGCGAGGACGAGCCGCUCGUGUCUGCCUGCGCAUACUUGGACCUGCCGAGUUACGCGAAGACAACGAGCAAGACCGCGAUCGUCGGCCUGCCGCCCGUCAGCACCCUCGCCGUGCCGCAGGCCCUCGUCUACGACAGCAGCAACUGCAGCGACGGCUGGCACACCCCGAGUCCCACCGCCAGUCUGCGCUCCGUCAGCCCCGCCACCACGUUGUCGAUCUCGUCGGAGCCGGAAACGAUCAACAGCGCGCCGCCGACGUAUCGACUGCUGGGUUCGACCAUCAAAGACAAGAGGAGUGUGACGAAGAGGGGAUCAUCAACAACCGUCGGGCUGAGCAACAUUGGGAGCAAGCGGAUGCGCGUCAACGCGAUGGAUCACCACCUCGUGGCCGAGGAGAUGAUCAAUCUGGACGGCGAGCGCGAGGACGCCGAGGAGACGAUCAUCAACCUGGACGCUGACAAGACGCGAUCCUGUCACGGCAGCAUCAGCAGCAGCGGCUUGUCCGACCGGACGUUGGACGGUGACAGCGAGGAGGAUGCGGACGACGGCAUCAGCGACGGAGGCGCGGAUCAGGAGAACGCGCACAUCACUUCCGGCGGGCGCGAUUCUCGCAGGAGGGGCAAGUACGUCAACUCGACCAUCGUGAGGAAACGCCGACUGGCAGCGAACGCGCGCGAGAGGAGACGGAUGCAGAAUCUGAACAAGGCGUUCGACAGGCUGCGUACUUAUCUACCGUCUCUGGGCAACGAUAGACAGUUAUCGAAAUACGAGACGCUGCAGAUGGCUCAAUCCUACAUCACCGCGCUUUACGAUCUACUGCAGUGAGGAUAGGGAAGAGAUGCGAGCAGGAAGAAGCGGAAGCUGAGAAGGAGAGAGAGUGCGUUUGCCGCGAUACCGGAAGCCAACAAGUUCGCUAAACUCGACGAAGAGAAACUGACUGAACGAGAGGGUCCGCGAGCACGUGAUUCGCGAGUUUUUCUUUUCGACAUUAAUUUAGUCACCGUCACGAUUAAAACAGCUGCAGCUAAAACGGCGAACGUAAGCCCUGCGUGAAAACUAACUUGAUUAGAAAACGGUAGAUUAACUCUGACAAAUCCGACACAGAACUUUGGAGAACGAUUCAUUACUUUAAUACGGCUGAUAUUAUCGCAUCUGAGACGUGUGCCUUUAAAUGAAAAAAUUGUUUAUACAUGUAACUCGUAUAUGUAAAUUGGAUGAGUAAUUGUUUCGUCAAUUUAUGUUUCUAUCGCUUUGAAAUUACGUAAGUUCGAUAAUAUUUACCAGUACUUUCUACAGGUUUCAACACAUUCGACAUUUUUCAAAUUCAUGAAACUAUUACGUAUUCAUAGGAACUGCAUAAUACUGGAAAAUGUGAUAAUAGCCGAUAACAGCUAUACAGAAUAUUAGCGAUACGUGUGUAAAUAGAUCUGUAAAUUUUGUAUCAUAGAUCGUUAAGUUAGUUAGUCUUAAGCGCUGUACCAUAUCGCCCGCUAAACUGUGUAUACGAUAAUUUAUUUUUAAUACGACAUAUAACUAUAUGUUAUACUUCCUGCGAGACUGAAAACGCGAUGUAUUUUUACAAAAUAAAAUUAUUCUAUGAUAACUAUGUUCUGCAAUGAUACCCCUGCAACCAUUAAAUGUCUACCACUGCGUUAUAUUGUAUCACAUGUAAUAUUUGAAAUUAUUUCGAUUAUAGAUCUAACAUUUUCCGUAAUGUUUCUCGUACUUUCAAACGUUUAUCGUCAUCUUUCGUGCGCAUUUGUCCUCCAUACGUCGGAUACUGAUCGUCGAUCCAUUUUUCGUGCGUGCACGCAGCUCCGUGGAGCAAGAAUUCGCCAGCGCGUCGGGGUCGAUGGAUGGAUGAGUAUCCGUCGAAGAAGCAAAAGAGACGGGCAGCACCAUCAUCGGUGGUCCGGUCGUUAUAUGAAACCCGCGCGACGCGUCGGUGCCCGGUUUCAUCGCAAUUUGAGAACCUGCAGACUUCUUCCUUCGGCGAUGACUCCUUCCUUCCCUUUCUUCCUUCUCACGCGUUCAGCGUGUGCACUUUACACGUUCUCAGCCUAUUCUUCUUCCAACGGAUGAAGCUUUCAAAUUUUGCUUAGCAAAAUUUGCAGGAUCACGAAUCCCUGUUUUAUAACGAAGAAGAUAAUGUUUCUGCGUAGCAGCUCUUUCUUGCAAAUAAAAAUAAAUUUGACGAUGAUUUGAUAUUGUGAAUAAAAAAGAUUUGUUAAAACAGCUAACAGUUUUACUGUUUUAGCAGAUCCAUAGUCGUAAUAUACGGACAGUUUUCUAUGUUAAAAUAGCAAAGUUUUAUAGCUGACUAAAUUUUGCGAUUAUAUAUUGUUAAAAAUGUCAUGAAAUUCAAUGUAUUUUUAAGUUAAACAUUAAAAGUACAUUAAAUGUAAUGUUAAUGUAUUCAUAACUGAAAAGUACAUGUAUGGAAUUUAGUGUACUUUUGAGAACACUAAAUGUCUUUUAAUGAACCUGCUUGAAAUUUGCUUCCGUCACAUUAUAUUAAAGUUUGCUGCUGAUUUUUAACAGCGCAACUAAUCACAUUUGUUAAAAUAGCGUAGUAAAUUUGUUAACACAGCGAGACAAUCUUCUGCGAAAAUCAAUCUAAUAUGUCGAUUAAAACUUUAACAAAACUUCUAGCUAAGGUGGUACGUACUUUUACUGCCGUAAUGAAGAAAACUGGUUACAUUACCAAUUUUUUUAUAGCAAAAAACUAAUUGCUCUAACACUUCAUUUAUUGUUUUCAGACAUAAUUUCUUUGUUGAAUUUGUUCAAAUCUCCUUAGUUUUAGAUAUUGAACCCGCUCAGCAAGCUAUAGCUUAUCCGAAUCACCCAAUAUACUUUUUUCUAUGAUUCUAGUAUUUUGAUAGAAGUUACAUUUACGUUUCUCUUUAUUUUAUUCUCAUCUAUCAUAACGAUGUGCCAUAAAUCUCGACUCUCGUUAUUUUGCGCGUAAAGUUACGAUUUUCCAAAACAUUUAAUUUCUCGAAAAAUCUUUCAGGAAGAAUAACUAUUUUACUGGCAAUUUAUUACACGUUUGCCAUUAAACUACGAUUGAUAAAUAUAAUACAGUACAUUGAUAGGCGUAAGAGUAUAAUUCGCUUCCUUAAUUGUUUAAAGAAUUAGAUUGCUUCAAUUUUAUGAAAUUCGGCUUCUAAGUUUCGCGUAAGAAAACAUGUGAACGUAAACUUCUGGAUACCGCAAAAGUUAGAUAAAUAUGAAAUAUUUGGGGAUACCGGUAAAAGAAGAAAUGCGGCAUCUAAGUAAACAGCUGGGGAAUCAUAAACCGGCUAGUGUUCCAGUGGCAAUAGAAGUGCCUUCGCCCUUUCGCAUUUAACGCCGUUUCGGGGAUAGAGCAAACUUCCGUGUGCAAACCCACCGCGCUUGAACGUCCUUUUCAACCAGAACGUCGAGAAAAGUAGAUCCCAAGUGCUAACUUGUACAGCAACAUCCCUUUUCUCGAAGAAGCGCGUUUUGCCAAUUGCUUUAUUACAUUUCCGAUAAUAAAAAAUUUAUUUUUCUUCAUAUUUCACAUAUUCGUUGUAACUGUAGCUAACAAGCUUAAUUACAAUUCCGCUUUAGCAGGAAUUAUUACAUUGAAUACAUAUAAAAGUUAUUACACAUUAAAUAAAUAUAUAUAUAAAUUAUUUUAAAAAGUUCGAAAUUCCAGAGUUUUAAAAUCUAAAAUUAUUAAUAUAGCACUCUCUGGCGGCUCUUCAAAGAGUUUUUAUCGCGCUACAAAACAUAUGAAUUAAAAUAUUCAGGAAGCUAAUCGCACUCGAGUAUGCGCGAUUCGCGCCUCAUCGCGUAGCAUUUAACUUUCUUUCGCCCCCGCUGCGGUCUCGAUCGUGAUAAGAUCAAGCUACCGUAAGUGGUUGUAGCGAAGCACCGAUUCUCGGUCUCAUCUAACCGCGAGGAUCUCCUCCUAUAGAGGAGGAGAAAUACUGAGGGACCCUCAUCAUGGGAGAAAGAGGGAGGUGGGACAGGCCUUUUUGGACGAGAGAACGUAAAUAUUCUCCGAGGCGAUUAAUUCUGCGGAGUCGACUACCACCUUCGCUCUGUCAGCAGGCUUCGUUUUCUUACAAAGGGUAAGUCCGGCUGCAUCCAGCGGCCAGUGGCUACUUUCGCGAUCGCGCGGGAAGGGGUUGCGAACGAAGGGGCGGUGGAUAAAGGGACAAACGCCGCCGCGUCGCGUCGCGUCGUUGUCUGAUCUUGGAGAUUGCUUUAUUUGAAAGACGGUCUAACGCGCGCGCCGAAUACGCAACCGAAUAUCUCGG